UAGUCUGCGUCGUGUUGCUAUUUUCCACAGCUGGUUAGCAUUUCUAUUGUCUUUCUUAUGAGAGGGUUAUCGGCAACUGUUCUUGUCCUUCGUAUAAUUCCGACAACAGUCUUACAAAUUUAUAGUCCAUCAUGGCGGAGGAGCAGGAGAUAAUGUGCAAGCUAGAAAACAUCAAAGAAAUACGGAAUAAGACGCUUCAGAUGGAGAAGAUAAAAUCUCGAAUGAGGAGUGAAUUUGAAGCUCUGGAAUCAGAAGAAAAGCACCUGAGAGAGUAUAAACAGGAAAUGGAUCUUUUGCUGCAGGAGAAAAUGGCUCAUGUAGAGGAGCUGCGUCUCAUACAUGCUGAUAUUAACGUGAUGGAAAACACUAUCAAACAGUCCGAGAGUGACUUGAACAAACUGCUUGAGACGACCAGACGUCUCCAUGAUGAAUACAAACCUCUGAAAGAACACGUGGACGCCCUGAGAAUGACCCUUGGCAUGCAGAGACUCCCCGACCUCAGCCAGGAAGAGGAGAAACUAUCACUUGACUACUUUGAAAAGCAAAAGGCAGAGUGGCAGACAGAACCCCAGGAGCCUCCUAUCCCAGAAUCCCUAGCCGCGGCUGCAGCUGCAGCCCAGCAGCUUCAGGCUGCACGGAAACAGGACGCAAGGCAGACAGCAACAUUCCGCCAACAGCCUCCACCUAUGAAGGCAUGUUUGUCUUGCCACCAGCAGAUCCAUCGGAAUGCCCCGAUCUGUCCUCUCUGCAAAGCCAAAAGUCGCUCACGCAACCCUAAAAAACCCAAGAGAAAACCUGAUGAGUAGCGCACACACGCACAGCUAAAACCCCACGCCAAUAAAAGCUUGAGGAAUAACACAAACAAAACCCAAAAUCUCAAGAAAAAAAAACGUAAUACACUUACGCUCUCUUGCAUGCACAAUUCCAAACACACAUUUACACCCUGACAGGGAUCAGUUAACAAACACACACCCUAACUCACAUGUCUGCACAUUUACACAUACACAUAUUGUCCUGAAGGAAUGGAUCAUCUCCAGUCUGAUCAAUUGACCUCUAAUAGUGAUACUCAUACUUUAGUUUAUACUCUUCCUGCUUCAGUGAAUGUGAGGUCUCAAUCAGUAGCUCUUUGUCAUCUCUUCAUUAAAUGGCUGUUUAAAGGUUUUAUAUUAGAUUGUCUUUUCAUUUUUAUAUGUGCUACCUUGGUAUUGUGUUUGUACUGCGUCUGUAGCGGAAAUGGAUGGUGGUUUAGAAUUUUUAAAGUGUAUCCUUCUGUUUGUGCUUUAGAUGAAACUAAAUUCUCUGAAAUGGAUUUUGUCAAUAGAGCAGUUUGUAUGAUAUUCAGUUAAUGCUUAAACUGAUCUUUUAAUAAUAUUUUUAUUAAUAAUGUUAUGAUUUUCCUUUUUUAUGACUCUUUUUAAUAUUUUUCCUCAUGAUCAAAGUGUUAAUGUUUUUUCUUGUAUUGUGUAACUAUGCCCUGUUCCAGAUAUACAACAUACCCAUUCAAUUGCAAAAUUCUGGAACACAAGUUGAAGGGGAGUUCUAGAGCUCAAGUUUAGAUUGAAUCAUCUUUAGUUUUGUGUGAUGGUGCGGUUUACUUUAUGUUGCAUAGAAGAAAGUUCUGGAAUUUUACCGAAUGAGGAUUAAGAGCUUGUAAGAGUCUUUAGUAUUGAAUCACUUGUGUUCAUUUCUCAUCUUUUCUGAGAUUCAGUUUGUAAUCAUUAAAAUCAGUGAAACUAACCAAAUCUGGAACUCUUGUCAUGCUGAAUUCUUCAUACAAUACUGAUUGAUUUAAUCUCUUUAUCUUUUUCUCUCCCUGACACUCUAUCUGUUGUCUUGAUAUUCAUCUGGAAUUUGACCUUUCGCCUAUGACCCGAACAAUGCAAUAAUCAUUCAGCUCUUGCUAAUCUCUUUACCAGAGUGCGCUUCUUCAUUCUUUUUACACUGCGCUCUUAAUCCUGAAGGGGGCGAUAUUUGCACUCAUUUUUCAUUUUCUUGAGUUUCUGUGCAUCAUACUGUGGAAUGAGUCUGUUCUUCAAGGCUGCAUGUCACAAAACAUAUCUGAAUUUACUCAUCUUUAAAAAAGUGUACAUAAUUUGUACACUUUUUUAUUUGAGAAAUGGCAAAGCAACUACAAAUUUGAGGGUCAAAUUACUAAAAAAAUAAAUAGUUAAAUAAAUGUUUAUCUAGUAAACAGUUUGUUAACAAAAUUACAGGAAAUAUAACUUGGGCUGGUGUUAGGGGUGAUUGUAAAAUGCCAUUAAGGAAGAGUGUUUUUGGUCAAUUAACUUUUGCCUUUAGAGCAACCCAUGACUGGAAUGAUUAAUUUGUGGGCAUUAAAUUAAUUAAAUCACUAAAUAAAUAAAUUCCCCUUGUAUUUAAUUGUAGCUCUAGUUUGUGUCAAUUUUCCUUUUACCAUUACCACCUUUUACUAUUUUCUGUAUGGGUUCAAAUUAAGAAAUUGUCAACAUUUUGGCUGGCAUCUUCAUCUGCAUGAGUUAAAAAGAAAUAUCUUACUGUACCAAGCUCAGGUAGUGCUUAAAUGGAAAAUCAGUCCAACGAUAAUGCAGAAAUGAAAAUGGACAAAGACUUAUUUAGUGAUACAAUGAUUCCUUAUGUAGUAUGCAUUUAAUUAUUUGUUUAACUUUGAAUAAUUAUUGCCCUCCAUGUAUGCUUUGAUUGAACUAAUGUUAUACUUAGCAAAGUUUUUCAUUUAAAUAAAUCUAAUACAGUGUGACCUGGAUAUUUGCUGAUAAGCUUUUUGAGAUUCUAUCGCUGAAGCUGCUUUAUUGCCUGGGUGCAUCAUUAAUUGCAUAUUAUGUGCAUUCUUGUUAUAUUAAUGGCUGUGUGUUUUAUGAUAGUGGAUUUGCAUCUCCUUGUAUUCUUGUCAAAGAAGAGGUAAAAGAAAAUGUAUGGAUGUGGACCUAAAUCAGCACAUAUUUUAGUUUUAC